ACAUAUGUUCCGUGGGUGUCGAGGUACAGAAAACGGUCUUGUCGGUGAAGGCUUUAAACAGUUUACAUUUUCGUUCGAGAGAGACAACGGUCUACAGCUAGCCGCAUUGGCAGUGUUAACUUUGUAACCAUGCGGACAUAUUUAUGGCUGGCACCCCUGGUGCUGGCGGUUCUGGUGCACGAAUGUAGCCCAUUUUUGGCUAAACCUACAAGCGAAUGCAGCGAUGAUUCUAGUGAGAGCUCGUCUUCAGAAGGCGGAAGUGAGAGCGGGUCCUCAGAGGGCGGAAGUGAGAGCGGGUCCUCAGAGGGCGGAAGUGAGAGCGGGUCCUCAGAGGGCGGAAGUGAGAGCGGGUCCUCAGAAGGCGGAAGUGAGGGUGGUUCUGAGGGCGGCUCUGAGGGUGGCUCUGAGGGUGGCAGCGAAGGCUCAUCAGGGAGCGGUAGUGGAAGCGGCAAGGGUUCCGGCUCUCGCCGCUUCCGUCGAAGGAGGCCAAUUAUCCCAAGAAUUGUGAUACAGGAUGACUCAAGUUCCAGUUCCAGUUCCAGUUCGGGUUCCGGUUCAAGUUCUAGUUCGGGUUCCAGUUCGGGUUCCAGUUCGGGUUCCAGUUCGAGUUCCGGUUCAAGCAGCUCUGAUUCAUCCAGUUCUAGCAGUUCAAGUACUCCUGACACACCUAACACACCGAGCACACCGAGCACCCCAAGCACCCCGAAUACACCAGGUACACCAGGUACACCAAAUACACCAGGUACACCAAAUACGCCAGGUACUCCAAGUACACCUUCUACUCCAUCAACCCCGGACACACCGGCCACACCGGAUACACCAAGCCCGCCCAAGACACCACCAACUCCCUCAACACCUUCUACUCCUUCAACCCCAAGUCGACCUGACACUCCGCCAACACCAGACACCCCAACUAGACCUAAAACUCCACCUACACCGGACACUCCGCGCACACCUGAUACGCCACCCACUCCACCAACACCGAAACGACCCAUUACGCCGCCUACACCCCCGACACCGCCAACUCCCCCGACGCCACCCACACCGAGGGGACCAAGAUCUAAGAAGACGCCGCCAACCCCGCCCACACCCGAAACUCCCCCAACGCCCCCAACACCCCCAACUCCACCAACACCACCAACUCCGCCACGUCCGUCAAGGCCGAAGACACCACCAACCCCUGCUAGACCAAGGAGACCCAAGACUCCUCCAACUCCCCCUACUCCUCCGACCCCUCCAACUCCACCAACGCCUCCGCGUCCACCAAGACAUCAUUCAAGUGAGGGUGAAGGUGGUGAAGGUGGUGAAGGUGGUGAAGGUGGCGAAGGCGGUGAAGGUGGCAAAGGCGGUGAAGGUGGCGAAGGUGGUGAAGGCGGUGAAGGUAGUGAAGGAAGCGAAUCUAGUGAAGGGAGCGAAUCUAGUGAAGGAAGCGAAUCUAGUGAAGGAAGCGAAUCUUGUUCGAGCGAAUCUAAAUCAAAGAAAGGUGGACACGGAAGGCCCCGUUAUGCUAGACAACAUCGCCGUAAGUGGGGCAUGCAUUGAUGACGAAAAGUAUGGCGGUAAAACAUCAGCAGUGGUAGGGCUGUUCUUUUUUUGCAUUGUUGUAUAUCUCCUAAUAGACCAUCAAGAUUGCAGUGAGACGAACGGACAUACAUUUCAGUGUGAUUAUAUAAGAUCGUACAUAUAUUUUCAAACGCACCGGCAACGAUAACAUCGCUUUGUACAAAUGAAUGCAUUGCCGAAAAAAAGUAUUGUAAUUAUUGAUAAUGUAAGAUAUUUUCAGUUGAUAUUUUAAACGUGAUAUUACAAAUCAUAGAUAUACUGACAUUUCGUUAAUUCGAUCAUGUGACCUAUUGCUGCGAACAAUUGUAUUUGUAUGUAUCUUUUAAAAAAUGGCUAUACAAAAUAUAAACAAUUGCUACCAUAGUAUAAAAUACUGUCAGAUAUUUAUAAACAUGUUUACUCUUGGUGCAAUUUACUUCAUCGAAAAAGGUUGUUAACACGUUUUAAUUGAUUAGAUUUUCCGAAUCAGUUUUUGUUUUUGUUAUUUGAUGAUGACUUAGGUAUGAAUGUCGAGUUUUCUUUAGUAAUAAUUAUCCUCUUAAAUAUGAAAUAUUUAACGUUUCCUAUUUGAAUGUAAAAUUCAGUUUAGUAAGCAAACUUACUCAUUUUCUUUUUUGUGUUUUUUGUUUGGCUUGAUAUGAUUAGCAUUCCGAAUAAAGUGAUCUUCUCAUUGUUUAA